AUGGCCGCCUCACUCCUUACUGUUGGCCCCAGGGCUGCCGAUGUGUUGUAUCCCUUUGCAAGUCCUCAGAUCAAGAUCGAACUCGCUCGUGAGACCAGCAAUGUGACCAGGGCCUACACCACCGGAGACCUCAUCGAAGGAACGGUCACCAUCACCGCGAACCAUCUGAUUAGCUUUGAUCAAAUUGACAUCCAACUGGAGGGAUCCCAAACCGUUUUUGUGGAACAUGGCGCGAUGCCUGGCGGCACAGGAGCAACCCAAACAUUCCUGAGACUACGCCAACCCAUCGAGGAGUCCUGCUAUCCCAUGCCGCGCGUCAUCGAGCCUGGCCACAGCUACCAGUUUCCCUUUACGUUUGUCGUUCCUCAGCGUCUUUUACCGCACAUCUGCAGCCACUCCAAGUCCAACGUCCACAUCCAACGCUCCCACACCCUUUUGUUACCAAGCCUGGGCGACCCCGUCCUCUGCAGAGAUGGAACGUCGGCAUUGGACGACAUGUCGCCUGACAUGACGCGUGUUACAUACCACAUCCGGGCCGAGGUGGUACAAAAACCCGUCGUUGGCCCCGCAAAAUCCCUGAAGUUAGCCAAGAAGAAGAUUCGCAUUGUCCCAGCAGUCGAGGAGGAGCCUCCCCUGACCGUUCCCGACUGCGACCCGAUCUACCGCAUGCGAAGGGAAAAGGAUGUCAGGCGCGGAACUCUGCGCCCGCGGCAGGGACGCCUCGUUGCAGCCGCCUCCCAGCCCAAGCCAUUGCAGCUGAGCUCUUCUCCGAGCAAGCACUCUGAGUCGGUGAGCACGGCUGCUACCAUUCAUCUGCGCUUCGACCCCGUGGGGAAUGAAGAACCGCCCAGUUUGGGGACUGUCUGGAGCAAGCUGCGUGUUGCGACCUAUUAUUCCGUACACCCUUGGGGGGAUUAUCCGACCAUUUCGGGUCUUUCUGCUGUGGACAUGUCGGGACGGGGGGUAUACCAGGAACUACUACCGUUGUCGACCAUGUGUGUGGCCUCUGCGCAGUGGACUAAGCACGGCAUGGAUCCCCUUGUCCGUCGAGAUUCGUUUCACUCAACAUCUUCCGCCGAGUCUAUUACUGGCCCGUCGGCCUCGUUCUCUGGAGAUGUUUAUUAUACCGCCUCAUUAGUUGUUCCGGUUUCUCUCCCAACAAGCAGAGCGUUUGUCCCGACCUUCCAUUCGUGCCUCGUUUCUCGCAUUUAUAUCCUCGAACUUUGCGUCUCUUAUCACACCCCGAAUAUGAACCUCCUCACGCCGACUGUGACCUUGAAGGUCCCUAUCCAGCUGACCUCUGGUCAGUCAGGGAUAGUUUCGAUGACGUCAUCUGAAGAUAUCACGCAGGAGGAAGUCGACGCUGAGUUCUUCAGCCCGCGCAGUGUUGCUCCUCAAUUAGUGGACUCGGCAGUUGCUCCGCCUGAGUAUUCAGAUUAUACGUCGCCGUCGCUCAGCGCAAGACCUCAGGAGGUGCGAUGUUCUUGA